AUUUCAACCCAACGUGACGUAUAAGUCCAGCCGUAAAAACGAUAUUGGAUAUUGGAUGGCAACUAACUGAAACUGACCUCCGAGCACGUUUUGAAAUUUUGUCACAUGGGGUUUUCUUCUGGUUGUUUCGAUGUAGUUAUCGGUUCAUCUUCCGGCUUUCUGAGAGGAUUAUCGAUAUGUAGUCAUUCUCUGUCACCAGUUUCCUUAAUUAAAAGUGAGAAUAUUACUUCUAUGUGCUGGUGUGACGGAGGAGAAUCUAAA